AUGAACAAAACGCUGCCCUGUGCCUGGGGCUGUCCAGCCCCGGUGUGUGCAGAUGAGGGCCGUUCCCACGGGUGCCUGCGGGCCGGGAACCGCAGCGCUGUGGCCGUGGUGCCUUUCGCAGCACGCUGGCUGUCGGAGCAGGGCUGGGAGGGAGGCCGGCUGCUGGCACUGCGCUCUCGAGGGGUCCGCGGGGCUGGGGGGGGGGAGAUGGCACCCUCCCGCGCUGAGCUGCGGGACAGGCUCGGGGUUUUGCGACGGUCUGUCCUCACCCCGGACCUCCCAGGGCCUAAGGAAUGCGCUGGCUCUGCUCCGGAGAUCGUCCCCAGCUUCCUGCGGACGCUGCUGGAAGGCUCGGCUGAGCAGCUGCGCUCCGGGCCGGUGGCUCAGUACGAAGUCGAUGAUCUGACCCGAGCCGCUUUGACCGCGCUGAAGGAGAGCAUCGAUGCGCUUUCUCCCGAGCACAUCAAGGCCCUCGUCAAUCUCCUG